AUCUCGAACAACAACAACAAAGAAUCGAGAGAGAGGAGAAGAGCGAGAAAUCGAUUUUCCCGCCCCUGCGACUCGCUGGCCGGCUGGUGUGUACUCGACCGCUGCCACUGUCCUUCUUGUUCUGGUUUGGUCGUCGCUUACGCAGCAGCCCGCUUUUUCACCUCGGGGGCAGCUCCCCGGGCUCCUCAGCACCCCUCUUCAGUGUCCCACAACCAACCACAAUCUGGCCUCCUGAAUUCAAGGUUAACCGUUGGUAUGAUUCAUUUUGUUCUGAUGUUCAGCCGCCAAGGCAAGCUGCGCCUCCAAAAGUGGUAUGAAGCCGCACGUCAGAAAGAGCGCAAAAAAUCAACGCGCGAGCUGAUCACCAUGAUCCUGGCCCGCAAACCCAAAAUGUGUAAUCUGAUCGAGUGGAAGAAUGUCAAGGUCAUCUACAAACGCUAUGCCAGUCUCUACUUUGCCUUUGCCGUGUCUCCAGAUGACAACGAGCUCAUCACCUUGGAAAUCAUUCAUCGCUACGUAGAGCUUCUCGACAAGUAUUUCGGCAGCGUGUGUGAGCUUGAUAUCAUCUUUAACUACGAGAAAGCCUACUACAUGCUGGACGAGCUCCUGAUCGGUGGGGAGAUGCAAGAGACCAGCAAAAAGCAUAUUCUCAAGGCCAUCACGGCUCAAGACCUCUUACAAGAAGAGACGGAGAGUGCCAAGGUCUCCAUGGAAGAAAUCCUCAAUCUGGCGCCCUAGAUUCGCUGACACAUUUGUGUUCCUUGCUGUUGCGUGUUGUUCCUCUCAUGUUCUUUGUGCUGUCCCUUCUCCAAGUUUUGCCCAACAAUCUAACGUGGCCGCA